CUGUGUUCUCGGCAUUCUCUGGUGGAUACUCAGAAGUACACUGGCCUCAGAGGCUGGAGAGGAUGAGAGCAACCUGUGUUUCACGGAGAGCUCUCCUUAUAGCCAGGCUCGUUUGGGAGUUGCUCUAAGUGAGGUUGUACCUGUUCUUAGGAUUUCCCACGAAGCGUACCAGUGCUAGAAUUGUGCGGCUGAGAUGACGCACGAAACCCUUAGCAGAUCCGAGCUCCACCGGCCAGCACUGUCUUCAGUGACAAGGCCCCGCGACGGAGGACGGCCCAGGGCAGCGGCGGCAUGUGAGGGUGACAGCGCUCGCGCCAGGAGCCGGAGAGCGCGGAGCGCGCGUGGGCCAGGUGGACGUCAGCCUGCCGGCGGGGCCGCCGGGCGCUCGGGAUGGACGCAGAAGGCUUGGGUUGGCUUUUGGUCCCGCUGCACCAGCUGGUUUCCUGGGGGGCAGCUGGGGCCAUGGUCUUCGGAGGGGUGGUGCCGUACAUCCCGCAGUACAGGGACAUCCGGAGGACUCAGAACGCCGAGGGCUUCUCGACCUACGUGUGUCUGGUGCUCCUGGUGGCCAAUAUCUUACGGAUCCUUUUCUGCUGCAGAUAAUAAAGAUGAAGCCAGAGCCCCCCCCAGGCGGUCGCAUCUGGACUUCGACCCCCAGCACUUCUGGCGCUGGAGCAGCUUUGCGGACUACGUGCAGUGUGUCCUGGCCUUCACCGGCGUGGCGGGCUGCGUCACCUACCUGUCCAUCGACUCAGCCCUGUUCGUGGAGAGCCUGGGCUUCCUGGCCGUGCUGACCGAGGCCAUGCUGGGCAUGCCGCAGCUCUGCCGCAACCACCGCCACCAGUCCACCGAGGGCAUGAGCAUCAAGAUGGUCCUCAUGUGGACAAGUGGCGACACCUUCAAGACGGCCUACUUCCUGCUGAACGGCGCGCCCCUGCAGUUCUCGGUGUGCGGGCUGCUGCAAGUGCUGGUGGACCUGGCCAUCCUGGGGCAGGCCUACGUGUUCACCCGCCACCCCCUAAAGCCGGCCCCCCACGCGGCGCACCCGGCCAGCGCCAAGGCCCUCUGAGGCAGCCGGGAGGAUGAGGAUGCAGGACCACGGGCUGUGGGCUCCGGCCCGGCCACCUGUCCUCCCCGAGUGGGGCAGGUGGGUGCUGCGGCCCCGAGACAGGGUCCCAAGCGUUGGGGUCUUGCUCAGCUUCUGUGGCUCUCGGGGGGCGAUGCGGGCCUGGGUGCUGACAUUGUGCUCUGUCAUCCAGGACUCGUGUGAGCAGGUUCUCCCCCCAGGCUGGGCACCUGCUGUGCUCAAGGUGACGGAAAAGCAGGUCUCCUCUCCCACUUUGGCUCAAAAUACUGCUGGCUGGAGCCUGGGUCAUGUGCACAUACCAGGAGGAGGCCACCCUGGGCCCUGCAGGACCGAGGACCUCAGGAAACCUCCACAUCUCAGCCCCCGUGGCCUCGACGUGGCUGAUGGGGCCGAGGGGGCCGGCCUGCAGCUGGGCUGGGGAGCCCUAAGAUAGGCGAGACGGGGGGCAGGAGUGAGAAAUGGCACCGGGAGAGGCCAGGUCCCAGCCCACGGAGCCCGCAGCCUCAGACUGGCUGGGGGUGACUCACAGCAGGGUGGGCCCGGGACUCGUGGGGAUGAGGUACCGAAGCAUCACAGGGCUCUGGUUGCAAAACCCUAGGUAGGUACCUUUCCAGGGCCCCCAGUGGCCUUGCUGCUCUGCAGCCCCUCCUGGGCAGGCUGCUGUGGACCCACCGUCUCCAGCUGGGCUCCGGCCAGCGUGAGCCCUGGGGUGUUGGGAGCGGGGCCUGGCUUCUCGGUGGGUGCUGAGGCCCGGCGGGUGCAGCAGACCCCGGGGCCGCCUGGGAAGGCCGAGAGCCUGGGCCUGGGGCCGGGCAGAGCCCCCGGCCAUCCCCACAGAGGGCUACUGCACAGGCAUCCCUUUCCUCUGGGAACCGUGUGCUUGCAGAUGAGGCCUUAGGUGUCUGUCUUCCAGGCCUGGAGAUGCCUGCGGGUCAGGGCAGGGGACAGCGAGGCAGGUGUCCCCCACGCCGUGCGGGGCAUCCCUGCCGCCCCCCUCCUCCUGUGCAGCCCUCUGCACCCGCUGUGCCUGGCGUGGGGGGCGCUGCUGGUCUGACAUUGGUCCCCCCUCGGCUUACACGAGCAUCUCAGCCGUGCCCAGCGGCCCUGCUCCAGCUGCAGGCCCCGCAGGGCGAGUGUUUAGAUGCUUCCACACGGCUCCCGCAGGCGCUUUCCCUUCCCCCAGGCAGAGGGGUGGCUCUGUAGUGUCCACGGUCCUGGGGCUGGUGCCAAAGCUGCAGCAUCUGCCGUGGCCAGUGGAAGGCGUGCGAAGCUGUUUCCUCCUCCUGAGUUUUCCUCAAAAACUCCUGAAUGUUUGAGGAUCCUGCUUAGUUCUCUGGCCUGCAAGAUGCUUUGAAGACGUUUAUUUUUAAAAAAUGAAAGGAGAUGUCUGUAGCAGUCAUUGCCUCCAAAUUAAAACAUUACCAGUUGCAGGGGUGACCUACAUGCCAUCUGUGGGAGCACUGGUGAUUCUGUCAGGGUGGCUUUAAUUCAAUAAAUUGCUCGCGGAUCCAGUGUGGCCUUGUGAGUGGAGUCGGAGUGGGGGGUCCAGGGCAGAGUAAAGGACCGGUCUCGUCCUCAUUCGCCUCCGGGGACCCCAGGGGAGGGCUGGGCCAGCAGUCUCCUCCUAGGGGGACAGUCCUGGCCCCUGUGAGACCGGGGCUGCUCCCUCAGGCCCCCGGGGACAGUGACCGCCCUGUACCAGCAGGGCCGGGCGGGGGGAGGCGGUGGCCCCCUGGUCUCCACCAGUUCACGCAGUUCCCUUAACAAUGGGCUGCCUCAAAGGGUUGGGGAGUGUCUCCUUGAAAGGCCAAAAGAAGUGUUUCAAGGAAAACCGGUAAUUCUGUAUAGCAAGUAGGGUUGGAUCCGUCUGUACUGAGCAGUUUUUAUUUUUUUCACGCAGAGUAUUUACGCUGAGGGCAAGACCAAAAAAAUCAACAAAGUCGAAAUACACGGAAGUGAUGUAUUUUAAGUUUUUUCAGUGAGUCACCCCAGCCUGUAGCGCUGGCCUCGGAGAGUCUGAGCGAGCUGAUCAAAGGUGGUGACAUCCGAUGUGGCCGCCCCAGGCAGCAGGGAGCCUCGGUGUGGACCCUGGAGCCCUUGUACUGCAUCACGCAGGACAGGCGUCCUGCUCUGGGGGUGGAUUUUUGUUUUCCUUCUGACGUGUUAAUUGAAAAUAACUGUUUUAGUUAAAAAAUUAAUGCCGUAGAAGUUCAAAUACGAAAAAACCC